CCGGCGUAGAGACGCGGCGGCGACGGACGGGCCCCGCUCGAGAGGAAGAGUCUGUCGAGAGUCGAGUCGAGGUGAUCGCGUCGAGGUGCGCAGUGCAUCCGCCGCCGCCGCCGUCGCUUUUCACGGUGGACGUGGAGCGUAAUCGGGGUGUCCCAUACGUCCGCCGCCGCCGUCGCCGCAAACCGCCCAUGCGACACCGAACAAAAUGCCGAAAGCUAGCCUGCGUAUUCUGUGUCUCGUGACGGCGGUCUUGUGCAUCGUUCAGCGCAGUCUUGAACAUGGAAUUCCUAGGAGGAGUUUCCUGUCACGCAGAGCGAUCGACGGAACUAGAGGAAGGAAGUACUUCGAUCCGCACGAGGACGGUGCAUUCGACAGCUACGGAUCCGCAGGCGGCCAGUACGAUCCGUACGAUCGCAUAACGGACCUAUCCGACAUCAGGAAAAAUGUGCCGGGUGAGCCGGGCAUCGAUUAUCCCGCCUACACGACAUUACCUCAGACAGGAUUCACGUGUGAAGGACGUUCACGUGGUUAUUACGCCGACGAGGCGGCCGGCUGUCAGGUCUUCCACGUGUGUCACGACGUACUGGUUUCCUCAUUCCUGUGUCCGAUCGGCUCGACUUUCAGCCAGAAGCUGCUGACCUGUGACUGGUGGACCAAGGUCGACUGCUCUUCCACCAGGAGAUACUUGGAAGUAAAUCGCGAUAGCUAUCAGAUCGACGACGACGAGAUGAUACGCAACGCGUACGCGAUGAUCAGUCUGCAGGCCUCCGCGGAGGACGUCACCAAGGACGGCCUGGUGGAUCCCGACAGCGGCGCCAGGAUCAUCGACUAUUCCGUGCUCGGCGGCAGAACUGUGAUAGGCUACACGCCCGGAUUCCGCAGGAUCACGGACUACGCUCCCGUCGAGGCGACCGGAAACGACCUGCCGAGCGGAUUCGAGGACUAUUCUCAGCAGAACGCACGGCAGAUCCUCAAUUACGAUCAUCGGUAUCAGCAGAAGAAGGCGGAUAGCGUGUAUCAAGGCAAGCUCCACUUUGAAAGCAAAGGACGAUCGCCUUAUCACGCGUCCGCGGUCAUUCAGCACGAUUAUCAGGAUCGAUCGGGCGAUAACGAGUAUCAGGACGACUAUCGUAGACCCGACGGGUAUACCAAUGGGUUACAGACAUCUUACGCGCCUACUGUUCCCACUGUUACCACUACCACCAGAAGAUUCUAUUCGCCUACGGUUCCGACGACUUAUCGACCUUCCACGUUGGCCUAUAGCAAGCUGGAUCUGAUGGUGGAGAGCUCCGAUCACCUUUACGCGCACACCAAAGGCUCGGUGACCCCUCCCACGGUUACUCAUCGGAAUGACGACAUGAGAAAGAUCGAUUUGAGAGAAAGUGAAACGGGACGCGACGAUCUGAAAAAAUCGGAGAACGCUUCGUCAUCGAGAACGGACAAAGACGGACAAAAAGCCGACGACGUUCGCUCCAGGAAUGACGAGCUGCGCUCCGAGGGGACGUCGGAGACGAGCUUCAGGAUCAACGUAACCGACAUGAUUGACGAGGACGAAGUGUUCAGGCAGCAGAAUGACAGGCCGAUAAUCCAGAUUGAUAAUGAAGAUGGCACGGAAGAUGGCUUGGAGACGAAGGACAGCAUCGGCAUCGCUCAUGCGCUGAACGAUCCACUCGGUAGGAUUAUUGUGCAGAAUCAGAAUCCCGUAUACCAGAUGUCAAAAGACGAACGAAGAGGUUCGAGCACUCCUAUUCCGCAGACAAUCUUAAAUCAUUCCUCGGAGUUUUAUGAGAAAGCGAACGCAUCAUACAGCCCGACUAAGACGUCGAGUGUCCUCAACGAAACGAGCAACGAUCGAUCGACGGAAGAUUACGAGGAUAUCUCGAGCUCGACGACGAGGAGCUUCAGCGACAGAACAACUCCGCUGCUGAACAAUGGGGAACUGAGAGACGUUGACGCUGCGCAAACGUCAACCGCAUCAAUGACCGCGACACCUGCAACAGAUACCGAGAGAAACGGUGAGAUUAAUGGCGAAAUCACUGUUCGUACUUUAUCUAAAGACAACCGCACGGCCGAGGACCAGAAUUCGUCGCCCACCGAACCAGUCUCUGGUUUUAAUGACAAGUCUAAACUGAAUCUUAACCUCGAAGUUCCUCAACCAGCGCAGUUUUUGCAGCCUCCGGUGGAACGUUUUCUCAUUAACGUCCCCGACGAAACGCGCUACACGACGAUCGAUGGGAAUUCCAGGACUUCCUGGAGUCCUAGGACGACGACCACGGAAGCUCCACGAUUUUCCAGCACGUUCGCCGGGAUUAGCGAGGAUCGAUCAACGAUAUAUGACGAGCUGAUUGAUUACACAGACGAGGGUUUCUCGGAGACACCUAGCCCAGGAGGAGUUGAUUCGACCGUUCAAGUGGCCGCCGAGGUGUCCACGUCCAUUCCAUGGCUCGUUUCUACAUGGCACGAUCGAUCGAUCGUCAAUGUUCCCGUGACCGAUCUUGUUCCGCCGUUCGUCGACUACGACGGCUUCGGAGAAGUCCUUGUCCCGCCGGAUGAACGCUCUUACGCGGAUCAGUUUGAUCACACGGAACCUCCAGACUCGCGAAGAACGCAGAAUUCUCCGACGACUCCGACUUCCUCGAAGAAAAAUGACAGCGAAGCGGAUGUCCUGGCCCGAUACAACACGGGAUUCCAUUUCACCAUUAGAGACGCCAUUAAGGCUCAGAAGGAAUCAAAAGCAAAUUUUGGAUGCCACUCGUCAACGUCUGACAACAGGCAAGGAAGUCGCUGCGAGACGAGUUUCGUCGCCUCUAAAAUUGCAGCUUCUACGCCGAGUGUGACGGAAAGGACAGUUUCGAUUGGCACGACCACGAGGUUUCCGGAACAAGUGACAUUUUCGGGUAGCACGAGGAGCCUAAAAUUGCCCGAAGAAUCGGUGACAUCUGUACCACGUGAAUCUCUGACAUCUACCGCGAAAUCUCCGAUUAAUAGUGACGUUGAUACGAAAGAUUCAAAUCAGAAAACGGUCACGCCGAGGGCCGUGCUGGAGAUUAAAAAUCCUGAAGGGAAGACAGAAAGAACAGUGGACGUGACGGUGAGCAGUUUGUUACGCUCGACCCGUCCGGGAUCCUUAAAACAGAUCACAGAGACGAUCGAUAAACAUGAAUCUCCGUAUGAAGUGUCAUUCGCAGUGAAAAAAGACGAGGAUCUGGCGACGACUGCUGACGAUUUUAUCAGCCGACUCGUCGCUCAGCACGAGCAACCGGAUACCGCUUUGAAGGGCGAAUUGGGCGACUUCGAGAUUAUCAAGUCUGUAGAACCAGAAACGGAUAUCUCUAGCGUUCUGCAGGCGCCAAAACUUCCUGACGCCAGCCACGUGUCACCUGCAGACAGUGCGAAUAACGACAGCUUUUAUAUUGCUGAAAACGAUACGGCUGCUGAAUUUAAGCAAUUGGAUUCAAAUAUGAGUAUGGUAAAUCUUCUCCAACUGAUGGCGGAACUGUUGAAAUUGGAUCGACUUCCGCGACCAUUCACGACGAAAGAUUUAGACAAUAUAGAGUUGAGAGACUCGUUUAACCUGGAUCUCGAAGAGUCAUCAUAUGACACGGCGAGUCCACCACUAAACUAUCCGCAAACAACCAAAACAACGUACAACAACGCUAAUUUCAAAGCAUCUACUUUCGAUACGAUUACGUUGAGGACACCCUUUAAAUUUGCAGAAUCAACAGCGUCACGCAAUCUACGUUUUCCUAAACCAUCAUUCGCCACAGAGAGCCCACUGGUGGGGCACUCUCAAACCAGAGCGUCGUUUGGAAAUACAGAUUCCGAAAUAUCUUCCUUGGAUGACACUUCGAAGACACCUAUCAACGAUUUAAUUGAUUUAAAGCCGCCCGAGGUUUCGGCGAGAGUCAACAAUACCACAGAACAGAAGACGAAACCAGAGAGCAGGAUCUCUCGAGGACCACUUCAGAAGGAAGAGAUUCUGGAGCAGCUGAAGGAAAACCUCGGGCAGCCUCUUUACCGCGGCGAUUCGAUCCACAGACCACUUGUCUUUGAUCUGCCGCAAGUGCAAAGGAGUUUGAACUUCGAGACCGGCUUACCGUUGAAAAAGAGGGAGCAUGUGAUUAGCGAAGAAGGAAGUGCAACGUCUACUACGAGGCCAACGACGACGACCACGACGACAACGACGCAAGAAGCGACUACGACGACGGAAUCUGUAAAGACUACCGUCGAGACCGAGUUUGUCCCCUCUUUGGGAUUCUCUUUAGAUACCAACGAGGGUCGCGAGGAGUACGUUCAAGCGGUCCUCGAGGGAUUAAUCGACGAGCAAACGACCAACGAAAGCGGUAGAAACGAAUCCAGCAACGCGCAAAACGAAGCUUCAAAGAAUGAAACUUUAGAGGCCGAUCAAUGAGAAUUUAACAGACUUUUAAGAGGAUUUUGAAAUAUAUGACAAAUUGGGAAUUUUUAGAAAUUCCUGAGAUACGUUUAAUGAAGUUUGUUAACGUCGAUUAUAAACGGUUUUUGAUUUUUUUAAAAUUACGAUUAAAAGUGUUAAAUAAAUGGAAAUGGUGAAAUCUGCUAUUCAUGUUUUAUACUAUUUAAAAAUAUAACUAUAAUUUUCUUAAUAUUAAUCAAAACUUGAAGCUUAAUUUGAUAUUAUAAAAAGAUCGAAAAUUUAUAGGAUAAAACUACUUUUGUAUCUAAAUGUAUUGUAUAUUGAGUAAAAAUAAAUAUUAUGUUACUUUUCAA